AUUUGAAACGCACCGAAUUCUUUUUAUUUCCUUUCUCCGGACCCGUCAACAGUUUCGAGAUUCUAGAGAUAGGUAAGAGAGAGAAAUUGGGAGUUGUGAGAAAUUGGCAGUUUUAAGGGUUUGGGUUAAUAUGAUGUCGGGCGAUGUGGUGUAUGUGCAGCACUGUAAGGGCAUUAAUGGCCUCGACAAGGUGGUCUUGAGAGAGGUUCGCGGCAGUUCUGCGGAGGUGUAUUUAUAUGGUGGUCAAGUUACAUCUUGGAAGGAUGAUCAUGGGGAAGAAUUGCUUUUUGUUAGUAGUAAGGCUACUUUCAAGCCUCCAAAGGCUAUCCGUGGAGGUAUUCCAAUAUGUUUUCCUCAAUUUGGAAGUCAUGGUCCUCUAGAACAACAUGGUUUUGUGAGGAACAGGUUUUGGAGCAUUGAUCCUGAUCCUCCCCAUUUCCCAGCAAUUAGCUCCAAUAAAGCUUAUGUUGAUUUAAUCCUUAAACACUCUGAAGAUGAUGCAAAGAUAUGGCCUCACAGAUACGAGUUUCGCCUGAGGAUUACCCUGGGACCUGGAGGGGAUCUGAUGUUGACAUCCCGCAUAAGAAAUACCAACACUGAUGGAAAGUCAUUCACUUUCACAUUUGCCUAUCACAACUAUUUCUCCGUUUCUGAUAUCAGUGAAGUGCGGAUAGAAGGACUGGAGACUCUGGAUUAUCUGGACAACCUGCAGGGUAGGCAGCGGUUUACUGAGCAAGGGGAUGCGAUAACAUUUGAAUCAGAAGUGGAUAAAGUAUAUGUCAGCACACCAACCAAAAUUGCAAUUCUGGAUCAUGAGAAGAAAAGAACAUUUGUGUUGCGAAAAGAUGGACUUCCUGAUGCUGUGGUUUGGAAUCCCUGGGAUAAGAAGGCAAAGGAAAUCCCUGAUUUCGGGGAUGAUGAGUACAAGCACAUGCUUUGUGUUGAGGCUGCAACUAUUGAAAAGCCCAUCACCUUGAAGCCUGGUGAAGAGUGGAGAGGAAGGCAAGAACUAUCUACAGUUCCCUCUAGUUAUUGUAGUGGACAACUUGAUCCGCGGAAGGUGCUCCAAAGCAGCUAAAGUAUUGGCUUGUAUGGUGCAUUCUUUGUACAGGGCUGUUGUUUUUCUCCUGUCUGGUGCUGCUUCAUGGUGAAUCCUUACCAGGAUUUUUGUUGGAAGGCAUAUUCAUCAAUGGAAUUCACUUCUCAAAAGUACUGUUUAGAUCUAUUGGGAAAAAAUUGAAACAGGCCAGUAAUUGGUGAGUAUAGUACUUUUUAGAUCUAUUGGACUUCUCUUGGACUAUUUCUAUUUUAUUUUUCUUCUUGCCAGAUUUUAGCUCUAUGUAUGUUUUGUAAUGGAUGAUCUUUAUGUAAUUUUGACUGGACCUGCCUUUAAAUUGCUGGUCAUUUUUAUUGUCUUGUAAUCUCAGAACAAAAUCUGCAUUUUUGUUAUUUUUA